CUCCUACUUCUGGUUCGUUGCGGUUCUGUCCUCGUUUCCUUUGCACCUUUCCUGUACUCCAUUUUUCUGCACCCGGGGAAAUCAUUAGCAACAUAAUUCAUCAGAAUGAAUGAAGAAUACGAUGUCAUUGUCUUGGGGACAGGACUGACGGAAUGUAUCCUGUCUGGUAUCAUGUCAGUGAAUGGAAAACGGGUUCUUCAUAUGGAUCGGAAUUCAUACUAUGGUGGUGAAAGUGCUUCUGUAACUCCCCUUGAAGAUUUGUAUAAAAGAUUCAACCUCCCUGGUAGUCCACCAGAUUCAAUGGGUAGAGGGAGAGACUGGAACGUAGAUCUUAUACCCAAAUUCCUAAUGGCUUGUGGCCAACUAGUAAAGAUGUUAAUGUUAACUGAAGUUACUCGCUACCUUGAUUUCAAGGUAGUAGAGGGAAGCUUUGUGUACAAAGGAGGAAAAAUCUAUAAAGUUCCAUCCACUGAAGCAGAGGCUUUGGGCUCUAGUUUAAUGGGCUUGUUUGAGAAAAGAAGAUUCAGAAAAUUUUUAGUUUAUGUUGCCAGUUUUGAAGAUGAUGAUCCUAAGACUCAUGAGGGCGUUGACCCCAGGAAGACAACGAUGAGAGAUGUUUACAAGAAAUUUGAUUUGGGUCAAGUUGUCAUCGAUUUUACAGGACACGCACUUGCGCUUUAUAGGACAGAUGAUUACCUGGAUCGGCCAUGUCUUGAAACUAUCAAAAGAAUCAAGCUUUACAGUGAGUCUCUGGCAAGAUAUGGUAAAAGCCCAUACCUGUAUCCUUUAUAUGGCCUUGGAGAGCUUCCACAAGGAUUUGCGAGGUUAAGUGCCAUUUAUGGAGGUACCUACAUGUUAAACAAACCAAUUGAAGAAAUUGUUAUGGAACAGGGAAGAGUGGUUGGAGUAAAAUCAGAAGGAGAGGUAUGGUUCUGUAUUGCUUAAGUAUGUCCUCCUAAACUGGUAUCUGAUAGAGUAAAGAAAAAUUCCCAAAUAAUUGCGUUCUUGUGUAUUUUGGGAAGACCUCUAAAAGAUGUCGCCGAUUUUGAUAGUUGUGUGGUUAUAAUACCAAAGUCUCAGAUUUCAAGAAGAUCCGAUAUCUACAUUUGUAUGAUUUCCUUUGCACAUAAUGUAGCUGCACAGGGGAAAUACAUUGCCAUUGUCAGUACUACAGUGGAAACCAGUGAUCCCGAAAGCGAGAUUAUACCUGCUUUGGAGCUCCUAGAGCCUAUUGAACAAAAGUUUGUUAGUCUCAGUACACUAUAUACUCCUUCUGAUCCAGGAACUGAAAGCCAAAUAUUUAUUUCACGGUCAUAUGAUGCCACUACUCACUUUGAGACUACUUGUGAUGACAUAAAAGAUAUCUACAAGAGAAUGAUGGGUGUAGAAUUUGAUUUUGAAGAAAUGAAACGCAAGAGGACUGAUGUAUUUGGAGAGGAUGAGCAGCAGUAAAGUGAGAAUAAAGCAUUUGGUUAAAACAAGUGUGUAAUUUUGUUCAGAAACCCAUUGAACAUUGUAAGAAACCAAUGUUGCAAAAGCCUGCUUCUUUUAUAAUCACGUCUUUAAAAUAAUCCCAAAGUGUUGCAUUGAUUAAAGAACAGUCUUUUGUUAUGUAUGAAGGUCAAUUGUAAUGGAGUUGUUGUCCAGAAAAAAUGCAGACUUCCAAAUUCUAUUGUUAAUUGAGCAUUUCAGUACUGACAAUGAAAUGUUACAGAAGUAUACUACAGCAGCUUCUGACAUACAGAAAUAUAUUACUUCUGUAUGUCCACUUUCAUGCCAGCAAAUUAGGCUUUUUUAACAAUUAUCUGUACAUUUGUUUGUGUUUAAAUGUACUGAACUGAAACUGAUGCUUAGCUGUCUAACUGUACUAUAAAGUUCCACGGUAUCCAAUUUUGAACACUCUGGAAAAUAAAAACAAAAAUGAUGGUCCAUCAAAGAUGA